AUGGUUUCCUGGAGUGCAUUGGGCCGAUCUUUCGGCACUAACCUUUUUAAAAACAAUUUAAAAUCAACCAACUUAGUACAAAAUGUGAAUUUCUCACUCGCAAAAACCUUAAAGGGGGAUCAUGGACAUAAAACUAUGGUAUUGCAGCCAUCAAGGUGGCAAUGGCACAAAUUCAAGGAUAUGUUCCAUUAUUACCUAAUGGUAGGUUUGAUCCCGGUAGGAGCAAUCAUCUUUUAUACCAAUGUGUUCAUUGGUCCCGCUGAGUUGACUCCGAUCCCGGAAGACUAUGUGCCCAAACAUUGGGAAUACCAUCGUCAUCCUAUCACAAGAUUUAUUGCGCGCUACAUCCAUAACAACCCUCAGCAGGAAUAUGAAAAAUUCAUGCAUUAUAUUGAUGAGGAGGCCCAGAGGGUGAAACUUAGGGCUCUAGAAAAGCAGGUGACCCAGAAAAUGGCUGAGAGGAAUGAUUAUCAAGCAUACUACUAUCGACCGUUGGUUAACAAAUACCUCCGUGUGAACAAACAAGUUGGCGAUGAGAUUCAUGAACGCAUCGGUGACAAUAUUGAUGAAUAA